GUCACAUCCGGCUUACGUUGCUAGCGGAGCGUAACUGUUAGUAGCAGUCAGAGGAAACGGGGGCUUUUUCCAUCCUGUUUUUGUCAAGUGGAAGAGAUUGAGCAGACUUCGACAAAACGCGACAAAGUAGUUGGACCUAUUUGAAUGCGAGCCUCGUAGUUUCCUGGCCGACUGGUUGCCGUGUUAGUCGUAGAAGUUUGAGUUGAAGAAGCACGUUUCCCCCUCCUGUUACCGCGUUAGCGUGGCGCUCUCAUUAAGACACGCUAGCUUGCUUUAGCAUCGAAACGCUUUGACCUCGCUGCCAGGAUGCCAUGCCACAAUCAGCAGCUGAACAGUGUGAACAGUGGCCAGGAGCACCCGAUGAAGCAGGUUCGGUUUGCGAACAGCAGCAGCAGUGUGCCUGCUGUGCUGACCAGCUCUGAACCGACCGAUGUCCCCACGCAUCAUCAGGCUGACCACGCAUCGGUCAGCCAGGACAGCCUGGGUCCUCAGCUGAAGCUGCUCCCUCUGAACGACCAGAUCCGAGAGUUGCAGACAAUAAUCAGAGACAAAACGACCAGCAGAGGAGAUUUUGUUUUCUGUGCGGACCGACUGGUGAGGUCAUAUACAGCACAGCAACAUGAUCAACUAGUAGUUGAAGAAGGCUUGAACCAGCUUCCCUUCUCAGAGUGCACCGUCACCACUCCCACAGGGUACAAGUAUGAGGGAGUCAAGUUUGAAAGGGGCAACUGUGGAGUCAGCAUCAUGAGGAGUGGUGAAGCCAUGGAGCAGGGCCUCCGGGACUGCUGCCGCUCAAUCCGGAUCGGAAAGAUCCUCAUCCAGAGCGACGAGGAGACCCAGAAAGCGAAGGUCUACUACGCAAAGUUUCCCCCGGAUGUGUACAGAAGAAAAGUGCUGCUCAUGUACCCCAUCCUCAGUACAGGGAACACAGUGAUCGAGGCCGUCAGGGUACUGAUAGAACACGGAGUCCAACCCAAGCACAUUAUUCUUCUCAGCCUCUUCUCCACACCUCAUGGAGCCAAGUCCAUCAUCCAGGAGUUUCCAGACAUCACCAUCCUGACCACAGAGGUUCACCCAGUGGCACCACAUUUUGGACAGAGAUACUUUGGCACUGACUAAAACAGGACAAAAUGCUUUUGGUAUAUUUUCUGCAGGCUUUGUCUCUGUAUUCAUGCAGUACCAUUUACUCAAGUUGUUGAACUGACACCUAAUGAUUGACCCCAGUACUUUUAUUUAUUGCUCUCUCUUUUUUUUUUUUUGCUUCUAUGCUCAGAUUGUAGAAAGAAAAUC